AUGUUCGACCCCCACCAGACAGCACCCAAAAAGAGGGCCAGCGUCGAAAGAGACUUCUCCGCGGUCAUUCUCGUCGGCUACGGCGAGAGCUUGUAUCCCUUCAACCAGGGCACAAAUGUCAUCUCCAAAGCACUCAUGCCGGUCGGGAACAUUCCCAUUAUCAACUCUGUCAUUGAUUGGGUCCUUGCCUCGGGACUUUUAGAUAUCCUCAUUAUCGUCCCAAACAUCUUCCACGACCAAAUCGCCGACCACAUUGCGGAAGCUUACAGCAAAUCUACCCACGCCAAGGCUCGGAUAGAUCUGAGAAAGAACACGGAGGGCGAGAGGGACGAGGAGGAGAAUGAAAGUUUUGAUGGCAAGGAUGGAACGGCUAGGAUCUUGAAGCGAUUCAGAAAUCUCAUCAAGAGCGACUUUGUGCUUCUACCCUGCGAUAUCUCGCCACCUCCUUACCUGCCUCUGAAGAAGGUGCUCGACAAGCAUCGCUCAACACCGAAAGCCAUCCUCACUUCCGUCUUCUAUGAACCCAUAGAAUCAGUCAAAGAGAACGAAGAAAAGUUUCUCAUAGGCCUCGACAGAACCACCGACGAACUCCUCCUCAUCCAACCCAUGCAAGCCCUCGACGAAGACUUCCGAGUGCGCACUGCCCUCCUCAACCACCACCCCACCCUCUCACUCACCACCCGUCUCCUCGACGCGCACGUCUACGUCUUCCGCCGGACGUUCUUGGACUUGCUCGCGACCAGGAGGGCGAAGGAUUUGGGGAGUAUGAAGGACCAGGUCGUGCCGUGGUUGAUUAAGGGAGGUUGGCAGAGAGGUUUGGGCGAGAAGUGGGCGCCUAUCUUGGACCCACCAACACGAGAUCCGCUCGCGGAAGCCCUCGCCCGUUCCACCACCGCCCCCGUCUCUCGCUCCCUCCUCUUCCACUCCCAAUCAUCCCCUUCCCCAUCCGUCUCUCCCUACCCUGAUACCACCCCAACAUCGCCCUCCGCCGAUGCCGACAUGUACUCGUCCGGUAUCCUUCCUCCGGCCUCUUCUCACAAAUUUGGCAACACCCCGGAAUGGAAGUGCCAAGUCAUGGUCAUCACCCCUCCUCCUUCUCCUCCUUCUGCCGACCAGCCCGGACAGCAGAAAGGGCAGCAAAAGGGUCAGGCUCAGGGCGGUAAGGGAAAGCAAGACAAGUCUCGUGCACCCCCACACGAACCCGAGUACCUCAUCCGCGCCAACUCUCUCGCCGGUUACUGGGAACUCAACCGCCGCUUCAUCAAAUCCCUCUCCUCCGCCACACCUCCCUUUGUCACCAAAUCCGGCUCUGGCCCUUCUUCUGUACGAACAACAGUCGCAGGGGAGGAUGCUGGGACAGCACCGGACGUUUCGCCGCAGGCGCAGAUCUCGCCGGAUAGUGUGAUGGGCGAAGGGACGAGGGUGGGUGAGAAGGCGAGCAUCAAAAAGUGCAUCAUUGGGAGACAUUGUGUCAUUGGGAAGGGAGCAAAGUUGAACAACUGUGUGCUGUGGGAUUUCGUCACUGUGGAGGAAAAUGCGCGUGUCGAGAAUAGUAUCGUCUGUUCGAACGGUCGUAUUGGAGAAAAGUCUCAGGUGAAGGAUUGCGAGUUUGGCACUGGCUUUGAGGCCAAACCUGGAGCGAUCCUCAAGGGCGAGAGGCUUAUUGCCGGGCAAGAAGCGUAG